AUGGUAAGUUCUGGUGCCCAAGACGAAGUUCGUUUUUCCUGUCCACGUACCGGAUUGACCGUAUUCCGUGGUGUACUUGUUCAAGUGGAGCAGCCUAAGGCGCGUUCAAAGAAGAACAGAAAAUCCACGGAAAAGGGUCAGUCUGGACGAAUUGAGGCCGUGUUCUUGGUUCCUUUUGGACAGAAUAAUAAUAGAGCGUUCCAGUUGCCGGCACGUCGUCAGAAUUUAUGUCGAAUGCUUAACGUCAGUUCCCUUCUGUUGAUAUUUUCAAAUCCGCGCUACUUUCAUUCUGACCUGGAUUCUAUCAAAUCUGCACUAUCCGGUGUUCUUGGUGCCUUUCACCUCGGUCGUGCGGACGGAGGAAAUGCUCCAAUACUGAGCACCCCUGAUGGGUAUACGCGCAACAAAUUGGAAUUGUCCACUUCAACCUCAAAGCAGCGUGAAAUCCUGACAGAUUGCGUUCAGUUUCGCCUGUCUGAUUUGGAUCAGUUAUUGAAUUUAAAGCGCCUAGUUUUACCUCACGCUGACUUACGCCCCGUACUUGCCACAAAUGCCUCAUCCCUCCGUGUUCCGUCUGUGAUGGGACCUCGGGGAUUGCAUGCACAAGCUUGGGUUGAGAUGCUUUCUCUUCCAACCGGCUGUUCGCGUGUAGCCUGUUACGGUCUACCUCCAAUCGGUCCUUUCUCAUCGGAACGCUCAAGGCACUUUCAGAUACAUUUAGCUGGAGCAAAUCCUGGUUGCGAAGUUUCAAUACAGGAGGCGUUUAACGCAUUAUACACGGAGGAGUCUGGAACGACCGUUUGUCUGCAGUGUGGCAUACCGUUGAUCACUUGGCCCGCUAUGUGUUCCGAAGACCAAGGUAAAUGUUUUGGACCUGUAAACCAGAAGCCAAUAUCAAUACCAUUCUCGUAA